GUAUUUGAGCUCCGAGGAGUUCCCGCCAAGGUAUUACGGCUGUGCGCUUGCUCUCCACAAAGCGCUAUUUCUGAAAACAUACUUUUUGUUAUUAUCAACACCAUGGCUGAUAAAGAAGCAGCGUUUGAUGAUGCUGUUGAGGAGAGGGUGAUAAAUGAGGAGUACAAGAUCUGGAAGAAGAACACGCCCUUCCUCUAUGACUUGGUGAUGACCCAUGCCCUGGAGUGGCCCAGCCUAACAGCACAGUGGCUGCCAGAUGUCACCAGACCAGAAGGGAAGGAUUUCAGUGUACACAGGCUGGUUCUUGGCACCCACACCUCAGAUGAGCAGAAUCACCUGGUCAUCGCUAGCGUGCAACUGCCUAAUGACGAUGCUCAAUUUGAUGCAUCUCACUAUGACAGUGAAAAAGGCGAGUUUGGAGGCUUUGGGUCAGUCAGUGGUAAGAUAGAGAUUGAAAUCAAGAUCAACCAUGAGGGAGAAGUGAACCGGGCCCGGUACAUGCCCCAGAACCCCUGCAUCAUCGCCACCAAAACCCCAACUAGCGAUGUGCUUGUCUUUGACUACACCAAACACCCCUCCAAACCAGAUCCAUCUGGAGAGUGCACCCCAGAUCUGCGUUUGAGAGGACACCAGAAAGAGGGCUAUGGCCUCUCGUGGAACCCCAAUCUGAGUGGCUGCCUCCUCAGCGCUUCUGAUGACCAUACAAUCUGUAUGUGGGACAUUAGUGCUGUUCCCAAAGAGGGGAAGAUUGUGGAUGCUAAGACAAUCUUCACUGGACACACAGCUGUAGUGGAGGAUGUCUCCUGGCAUCUGCUGCACGAGUCGCUCUUUGGAUCUGUAGCUGAUGACCAGAAACUCAUGAUUUGGGACACACGGUCCAACAACACAUCCAAGCCCAGCCAUGCUGUAGACGCCCACACUGCAGAGGUCAAUUGUUUGUCCUUCAACCCCUACAGCGAGUUUAUCCUAGCGUCGGGCUCAGCAGACAAGACUGUUGCUCUCUGGGAUCUGAGGAAUUUGAAACUAAAGCUGCAUUCAUUCGAGUCUCACAAAGAUGAGAUAUUCCAGGUCCAGUGGUCUCCUCAUAAUGAAACCAUCCUGGCCUCAAGCGGUACAGACAGGCGUCUCAACGUGUGGGACCUCAGUAAAAUCGGAGAGGAGCAGUCUCCAGAGGACGCUGAGGAUGGCCCACCUGAACUGCUGUUUAUCCACGGUGGUCACACAGCUAAGAUCUCAGACUUCUCGUGGAACCCCAAUGAACCCUGGGUCAUCUGUUCUGUAUCGGAGGACAACAUCAUGCAAGUCUGGCAGAUGGCUGAGAACAUCUACAACGACGAGGACCCAGAGGGGGCAGCUGAUACUGAGGUCCAGGCAUGAGUGACACCCGGGUCUUGAUCACAUCCUCAAAACUAACAUAUGAAAAAAAAUGUUUUACCUGGACACAACAGCAUUUAAAUGGUUGCACAAGAUUGGGGUGUUUUUUUUGUGUGCAAUUUUUCAAGGGGGAGAUUGGAACUCAGCUUGGUAUCAAGGUUUUACAUAUAUUUAUAUAAGGAUGCUUCUGUUUGAUAUUAUUGGAUAGAUUUGCCAUUGGUUUGUAACAUUUUGUUUACUAACUCUGUUUAUUUCAUCUUAAAUGAUGCAUAAUUGUGUUAGUUAGGUUUUAAGAAACCAGUUAUUGAAACACAUUUCCUCAUCAUUUUUAUAUGAAAUUGUACAUAAACGUUGAUUUCAUUAUCUGUGUUGUAGAUUACUAAAUCAGUUCUGUAUGUCUAGAAUCCCCAUGUCUUUGUUUAGGCAGGCAGCCCAAUUCAGAUCAUCUUGAUGUGAUUGGUCAAAAGGUGAAAAAAAAUAAUAGGUCUGCCAGUCUAAAGGUAGUCUAUGUGUCUGUAUUGUAUUGUCUUUGUAUGCCAAAUCUGCACCACAUUCCCUUGUGCUUUGUAAUUGUAUUAAUUAUUAAAUGUAUUUCAUACACAA